GUGGUUUACGAUUGUCGGCGGCCAAUCAUGUCAGUUGUGCCCUGUGACGUGGUUAGAGUGACGAGGAAGACGAGGAAAGAAGAAGAUGACAGCACAACAGAUGGUAUCCAAGGAGACGACGCUAUCAUUUCCCCCCCAACGAAAAAUGAAAACCAAAAACAACAUGAUUAGGCCUACACAAUGGCACCAAACGAUUUCUGCCGUUUAUGUAAAAUAAAUCUGAGAGAAGCUGGACCCAAUGCCUUUAGACAUUCUUCCGACAUAUUUAAAAAAACAACGAGCAUAUCGGAAAGGUUAGCGUUGUUAGGUGUGCUUGUCCUCCCUGAUGUCACACAGUCAGCCAGAUGCUGUCAGCGUUGCUCGUUGGUCCUUACAAGACUUGAAAAAGACUUGCCAAUAUUCAGACAAUGGGAGCAGGACUUCCGAGACAGCGGCACUUCCAAACGGCAACGUGAGUCCACGCCUACAAAGACUCUGAGGGAUUUUAAGAAGACCUGUCCAAAUCCACCGAGUCCACAGGCUAGAUUGUCGGGGGGAACAACCGAGGUGUCCGGUGCCAGCUUGACCGCUCAAACAAUAACACAGGUAACAAUCAAAUAUCCUUCACAAACAGUGACAAGGGUUUGCGAUCCUGAAGAAGAUCCCAUCGUGAAAUUCAUAGCACUGAAGAAAUGGAAAGAGGCUGGCAAGUACAUCAUGAAACACAAACACCUGCAGGAUGAGGUCAAAGAUGGGGUCAAGAGGCUGCUUCUUCAAGAAUGUGACAUGCUGUGCGCACCCAAGAACGAUUUCAUGUUGUGGAAGUGUUCACCGGCCGACCUGAAGUCAUUCUCGUUCCACCAUCUUAUAGAUGACCUCCAUCGCCUUGCCCCCUUUUUGCUUUCAAUUUUCACCUGCAUCAGCAAUGGAAACAACUUUGCAGGCUGCUCUGCUGCAGCCAUUGCUUUAAGAGGCAGAAAGCCCCAAAUGGCAGCGUUCUCAUAUUGGAUAAACACCAUUCUCCAGUAUGGUGGAGCCAAGAAGUCUGUCUUUAAUCGACUCAGCCAGUUAUCCAUUACCACGUGUCACCGAACAGCAACUGUAAAACAACAUCAAUUGGCGCAUGGCUGUGGGGCAGACUUCUUAGAAUUUCAACGUGGCAUGCAAACAGACAAAAACUCUCCAGCUCCCAUAUGUGAGGACAGCCAUGAGACCUGCCCGUCACCAUAUUCCAUUAUUAUGGAUAAUCUGGAUUUUUUCAUCCACACGCGGAACCAAUCCAUCAGCCGCAGCAACCAGAGCAUACACUGGAUAAACCACAUUGCAGUGAAAGACCGGAUAUCUACAGACAUCUCCAACAUCAAACCAACAGUUAACAUUGAGCAAUACAACCUCUGUCUAUCACUGCCAUCGAGGAGCACACAGGUUUUCCUGCGCCGUGAAUUAACUGUCCUUGCCACUAGAAUGCUAGCCAAGCAUAUGCCAGUGUUUGAAAGCUUUCAAGACACCGUUGUGGACUUCGUGAUCAAGGACACGACUGCCUUGUUCCUGGCUGCUGUGAUGGAACAUCUUGGUCUCCAACACGUCACAGACUGCCCAGAGUCCCUCAUACCACAACACAUCAAGGAGGCCUCUCCAGAAGACAGAAGGACCUGGCUGGACUACCUGGUUGUUGAGGUCGUGGACAAAUAUGUCUUGCUCCCUGACAUCGAAGAGGUUGCAGAGGCUGCCAGUAAAGAACUGUCUGCUACAUCCAUUCAGAAGAAUGAAUUCCCAUGUCGGAUGGAGGGUUGCUCGAGAAUGUUCACAUACCCCAAAAGUCGACAAUCCCACGAGCUAAAGAUGCACAACCUGACCAUGCCAACAGAUGCUACGCCAACCAGCCACACAGACAUUGACCACCGGUUUGAACACAGCACUGCCAGACUGGGUUUUGGCUUCAUUCUGCUGGACUUCUUGGAUGCAGUGAAGGAAGGGGACGGCGAAAGACUGAUGCGUCUGUACAGAAUUGCCCUGUUAUUUUACAAGGCAUAUGGACACACCAACUAUGCGUACAGCACAUUUCUACUUACUGUGCAAUUGAAUGCCACCUUCUCUCCACAAGUUGCACACAGUGUAAAGUGGAACAGGUUUUGGAACAACAGAGGAGGCAUGGGCAGGAACAUACCACUCGAUCUGCAUCUGGAACACCUCAAUGGGUUCCUGAAGUCAUUCCUGAAGGGACUGGGACCUAACUUGAACGAGGUGUCAGCUGCAAGGAUCAGCAGAUCCAUUGGUGUGUACAAACAGAUGAUGGAGAACACCGAUUCGGAGCUGGGCAUAUCUAGGCCAAGUGGUUCCCACCACAUUGAUAUGACGAAUGACAUUCUCACCUUGGUGGAGACCAUGCAAGAGACAAACCCCUUCAAAGAAACGCCAGGUCGAGCAUAUGCUGCCUUCCCUGGCUUCCGCAGGCAGAUUUUGACAAAGCUUUGUCACAAAGCACUUUGGAAGUGGAUGAGAGACAAAGUGAAUGAUUGGCGGGGUGCCCCAUUGUAGACAUUGGCAACGUGCCAGCGUUUGUAACUUUGUAACUGAUUUUUUUUUUCCCUGAUGAAAAUUUGAAUUACUGGUCACCUUCUUGCACUGCCAUCUGUUGUCUGUAUACUUGCACCAGCAUUCUAUCACUUGUGUACUUCAAGUUUGCAUAGUCCUUGUAGCAUUGUAGUGUUUUAUUAUUUAUAUCAUUUUAUAAAUGUAUAGUAUUACUGUUACGUUAUGUAUAGAGAGCCCUACAGUAAAAUUCCAUUGACAAUAAAAUGUCUUC